AUGAAUUAUCUAGAUAAAAAUACUAAACGGCACCAACUUUUACAGAUUUUUAUUGCAAUUUUGGGUAUAUUAGGCUCAGUAUUAGCUAAUCCAAGUGGAAUACCCUUACCACCCUGUAUACAUGGACCUGCGGGUUAUGCUUAUCCUCCGCCUGUAGUAAAACUCUCAGUAUCACCAGCAGUGAACGCUUAUGCUGAGCAUGGUAAACUUCAAUUUUCAUCCAGUGGUUCAUCAUAUGAGUCGACAAAUUUAUUGAAACCAUCUGUAACAUAUGCUGGAGAAGCGGGAAUAACAUAUGCUGAAAAAUCACCAGCUUCAAAAUAUGCUGCAGUUGUUCCAUCAGGAAUUGAAUUUAACAAAGUUGUCGUACCAACCAUAUCCAAGUCAAUUACACAAAUAUCAAAUGCUUAUUUACCAGCAGCAGCUCCACUUAUUUCGAAAAUUGAAACUUAUAAAGCACCUGCUGUAAAAUAUACUCAUACCUCACCAUCAAUAUCCAAAAUUGAAACAUAUUCAUCAUCAUAUUCUGAUGGCUACUCAUCAGGUUAUUCAGUUCCUGCAGUUGGAAAACUUUCAACUAUUUCAACAGGUGCUAAUCAUGCACUUUUUACUUCAAGUGAUCUAUCGGGAAAAGGUGCACUUUCUUAUGCUCCCACUUAUUCCAAAAUUUCACUAGAUGAAGGCCUGUCGAAAUAUGGUUCAUAUGGUGCAUUGUCACAUCAGCAUGUAUCAAAACCCAUAAUAUCAAGCAGUUAUGUACAACCGGUGGCAAAAGUCUCUUAUGCUGCACCAAUUAUAUCCAAGGUUGAGAGUUAUGCUGCUCCAACUAUAACUCAAUAUUCGUCUUCAUCCGACAUAGGCACUAGUAAAUACGUGUCAAGUGGUGCUGUUUCGCAUCAACAUGUGUCGAAACCGGUAACAUCUGCUUAUGUUGCUCCUGCUGUAUUAAAAGCUGCCUAUGUUGCUCCUGCUGUCGUAAAAACUGCCUAUGUUGCUCCUGCAGUUGCUAAAUUGCAGAGCUAUGCAGCACCUGCGGUUACUCACUACGCAUCAGGACCUUUAUUACCCAAAGUUUCUGUUUUAUCUGAGUCUUCUUCACAUUAUGGAGAAAGUGCCAAAUAUUCUUCUUCUGGUGCCGUUUCACAUCAGUAUGUAUCAAAGCCAGUCGAAUCAAAGGCUUAUAUCACCCCAGCAGUAGCUAAAGUAGCUUACACAGCACCUGCAGUUACUAAAGUAGAAAGUUAUGCGACACCUGUUGUCGAACAAUAUUCUUCCGGUCCUGCAUUAGCUAAAAUCGAAACUGUUGGCAAAUAUUCAUCAGCUGGUGCAGUUUCUCAUCAAUAUGUAUCAAAACCAGUAAUUUCUACGCCAGUAGUUGAAAAAGUGGCAUAUGCCGCUCCAGUCGCUGCUAAAGUUGAAACCUAUGCUGCGCCUGUAGUAACACAAUACUCAUCUAUUCCAGCAGUUACUAAAUUUGAGAAAUAUUCUUCAUCAGGUGCAGUAUCACAUCAGCAUGUGUCAAAACCUAUAGUAUCAGCUGCAUAUCUCGCUCCUGCUAUUGCUAAGGUAGAACAAACUGCUCCAGCAAUUGCCUUAUCGGAUUAUUCAUCACACUCUGGUGCAAGUGGAGCUAAAUAUUCAUCAGCUGGCGCAGUGUCGCACCAAUAUGUAUCGAAACCACUAGUUUCUCUACCAGUAGUAGAAAAAGUGGCAUAUGCCGCUCCAGUCGCUGCUAAAGUUGAAACCUAUGCUGCGCCUGUAGUAACACAAUACUCGUCUAUUCCAGCAGUUACUAAAUUUGAGAAAUAUUCUUCAUCAGGUGCAGUAUCACAUCAGCAUGUGUCAAAACCUAUAGUAUCAGCUGCAUAUCUCGCUCCUGCUAUUGCUAAGGUAGAACAAACUGCUCCAGCAAUUGUCUUAUCGGAUUAUUCAUCACACUCUGGUGCAAGUGGAGCUAAAUAUUCAUCAGCUGGCGCAGUGUCGCACCAAUAUGUAUCGAAACCACUAGUUUCUCUACCAGUAGUAGAAAAAGUGGCAUAUGCCGCUCCAGCCGUUGCCAAACUUGAAAGCUAUGCAGCGCCUGCUAUAACUCACUACUCAUCUGGUCCUGCGAUAGCUAAAGUUGAGAAAUAUUCUUCAUCAGGUGCAAUAUCCCACCAGUAUGUUUCAAAACCAGUAGUUUCAGCAGCCUACGCCGCUCCAGCGGUUGCUAAAUUGGAAUAUGCUGCCCCGGCAAUUGCAAAAGUAGAAAGCUAUUCGUCUGGACCUCUGGUUUCAAAAAUUUCUACAAUAUCAGAUUCUUCGUCCCACUCUGGAGGAAGCUAUGCAAAAUAUUCAUCAUCUGGCGCCAUCUCUCAUCAAUACGUUUCAAAGCCAGUACUUUCGGCUGCAUAUGUAGCUCCUACUGUCGCUAAGGUAGCAUAUGCUGCUCCUGCAAUUGCAAAGGUAGAAAGUUAUGCAGCACCAGAAGUUACUCACUAUUCAUCUGGUCCAUUGUUAUCUAAAGUUUCCACAUUAUCGGAUUCUUCAUCUCAUUCUGGAGAAAGCAUUACCAAAUACGGAUCAGCUGGAGCGGUGUCCCAUCAAUAUGUUUCAAAGCCAAUAGUUUCAUCAACCUACUCCGGUUCAACUAUUGCUAAGGGAGCUGUAUAUGCUGUUCCUACAAUUGCAAAGGUAGAAAGCUAUUCAUCUGGACCCUUAGUAUCAAAAAUAUCAACAUUAUCCGAUUCUACUUCGCAUUAUAGUGGUGGUUCUGCCAAAUAUUCUUCAUCUGGUGCUACUUCUCAUCAAUACAUUUCAAGGCCUAUAAUAGCAAAGGAGAUAUACGAAGCACCAACACUUACUAAGGUUGAAAGUUAUGAUGCACCAGCGAUAACUCAUUAUUCAUCAGGACCUGCGAUUGCUAAGAUUUCUACUAUUUCAGAUUCCAGUCUUCAUUCUGGUGCAAGUUUAUCAAAAUAUUCUUCGUCUGGUGCUGUUUCGCACCAAUAUGUUUCCAAACCAUUAGCAUCUGCUGCAUAUAUAGCUCCAGCAGUUCAAAAAGUUGCUUAUACAGCACCUGUAGUUGCAAAAGUUGAAAGCUAUUCUACUCCAAUAGUUUCCCAUUAUGGUUCGGCUGGUGCUGAAAUAAGUAAAAUUUCUUCUGGAGGAGCAGUAUCACAUCAACAUGUAUCCAAGCCAGUAGUAUCUAUAGGAUAUGCUGCGCCAGCUGUGGCGAAACUGGCAUAUACCGCUCCUUCAUUAACACAAUAUUCAACUGGUCCGGCAAUCACGAAAAUUGACACAUCACUUCAUUCUGGUAUAGAAAACUUGAAAUAUACUACUGGUGGAGCAAUAUCUCAUCAAUAUGUGUCGAAACCUAAUACACUUUUAAGCGGUGGUUUACUAUCAGAAGGCAACGGCAAAUUAGGCUUAGAAUCAGGCAAACUUCUUAGUUCAAGCGGGUCUCAUGGCUCUUACUAUGGAACACUAGCAGUGCAACAUCAAGGAGGGCACACAGGUUACGGACAAUUAACUCCAAUCCAUGAUUUUUCACACGGAUUUGGUGGCUUAGGAUCUCACGGAGCAGAUUACUAUAGGUAUGCGCCCGGUAUAACGACAGUUGGUGGACAUCAUACUUCUUUUAUACAAGAGCGACCCAAUCCUGCACAUACACUAAUUAAGUCUGUGUCCGAUAAACACUUAGAAUAUUUCAAUUUGCAUCCGAGAUAUGCGUUCGAAUACAAUGUGAACGAUAUACACACUGGUGAUAUUAAGCAUCAAAAAGAGGUACGUGAUGGAGAUGUGGUUCAGGGCGAGUAUUCGCUUGUUGAACCUGACGGUAAUGUACGUACUGUUAAGUACUACGCCGAUUGGGAAACGGGUUUUCAUGCUGAAGUCAUUAACAGUCGCGAUGCUGCAAAAAAAAAUAUAGCUAAACGCAAUUCAAAUAAAUCAUAAAACUUGUAAAUAAUUC